AUGAAAUGUAAGGUUAGAACCUUUGUUGAUCGGUUGAAUGGGGUGGGAAUUAUUCCAACCGAAAUAGUUUAUAGUGCUUAUCGAAAUAUAGCAUUAUUAAGUAAUUUUAGUUUAAGUGAUUUUCGUGGUAAAGCUAUUAAUGAAUCAAAUUGUGUUUGGGAUGAGACAGCAUGUGGGCCAAAGCUUAUUAUUAAGGAUAACGGAAAAAUUGUACAGGCACUAGAAGGUUGUAACUCACACCAAAAUGUUAGAGCUAAGAUAACUUUAGAAAAUAAAGGCAUUUUUGAAUGGGAUGUUAUUAUUGAGAAAGCUUGUUCUUAUUCUUGGGUUGGAGUAUGUGCAUCAGAAAAUUUCAAUUAUGAAAUACCUGCAGGAAAACAAUCUACUGGAUGGGUAUUGGGUUCUGGUAAUUAUGUUCGUAAUUCUGGAAUUAACAUAGAAAAUUAUUGUCCUUCAUUUGGAGAUGGCACAAAAGUUACAGUUCAUUUAGAUAUGAAUAAGAGAACUUGCUCUUUUUCAAUCAAUGGUAUAAAGUAUCGAGAAGUAUCAGAAUGGAAUUUACCAUCAAAACUUUAUCCAGUAGUAUCUUUAUUUUAUCCUGGUCGCUUUCGAAUUCAACCUCAUAAAUAA